UAAAAGAGGCCUCAACCUCGACCUCGACCCGACACAAAUAUCCUUCCCGUCCUCCUUUCCUCCGCCGCUGCAGUUCGAACCCAAAUGGCAGCGAUGCCGACGCCGACGCCGGCAACGUUCGAUGGCCCUGUCGUGGUGGUCGGGCCGCAGUUCUGCGCUCCCCACGUCGUCGAUCUCACCGUUACCAAGAAGGCCCUCAGCUUGACGGACAGCGACUUCGCCGUGACGGACGUCAACGGCAACGUGGUGCUUAAGGUGAAGGGCGUCUUCUUCAGCCUCCGCGAUCGGUGCGUCCUCCUUGACGCCGCGGGAAAUCCUCUCCUCACCCUGCAACAGAAGAUUUUGAGUGCGCACCGAAGAUGGCAAGUGUUCAGAGGAGAGAGCACAGAUUCGAAAGACCUGCUGUUCAGCGUCAAGAAGUCCAGGCUGCUGCAAUUUAAGACCGAGUUACAUGUGAUCAUGGCUUCCAACACCGACGAGGAGGCGUGUGAUUUCAAGAUCAAGGGGAGUUACUUUGAGAGGUCAUGCACUGUUUAUCUCGGGGAAUCCAACUCCAUCGUAGCCCAAAUGAGCCGUAAAUACACUGUGAAGAACGUGUUACUCGGAAAGGAUACGUUCGGUGUGACCGUGUACCCGAACGUGGAUUACGCCUUCGUUGCAUCGCUCAUCGUCAUUCUUGACGAAAUAAACAAAGAUAGAUCUGGGCAAGACUGAGACUUGUGUCGGGUGGUGGUAUUGGUUUAAUCCGUAAAGAUUAGACUAUCGUAAGAUUCCUAUCUUUUGAUUAAAAUAAAAAUAAAAAUAAAAUAAAAUAAAAAUUAGAUCGUGUGGUGUCUUUUGCUAUGGGCCCGCCCGUAUAAUUAAUUCUCAGAUGAGUUGACUGUAACGUAUUUUUACUCUGUUAUGAGCGCAUAUAGAAUAUCGUCUCACAUGCUUUUUUAUA